AUGAGUUCCAAACUACGUUCUAUACGUGCAGGACACAGAAGCGUUAUUUCCCGACUUUUGAAGAAAUUUGAGGACAUCCGAAACGACGAAGAUGAGCCCGUGAACACUGAAGAGUUAACUAAAAUUGUGAACAAUCUGUUGAAGAAACAAGAGACACUACAAAAACUUAAUGAGGACAUUCUAGAAAAUCUUGAUGAAGGAGAAGUAGAAGCCGAGAUCGUCGAUUCAGAUGAGUAUGCUUACACAUUAGAUGGGAAAAUAACGCAAAUACAAAAGCUCAUUCUUGUCAAUACAUCCACACUCAGUACAAAUGCAAAAGAUUUCGUCAGUUAUAGCGACCCUUCACAUUCCGCCUCUGCUCAACCCGCCUCUGCUCAGCCCACUGAUGCUCAACCCGCUCAUGGUCAACCAAGUUAUGCUCAACCUGCUCAUGAUCAACAAAGUUAUGCUCAACCCGAGAUAUACAAUAAACAGAAUACAUUGGCAGUCAUUUGGGAUUCAUACGAGAUAUCCGUUCACGAAAACACUACUCUUGGAAAUGUUCAGAAAUUUAAUUAUUUGAAGUCACUACUCCAUGAUGAAGCAUUGAAAACCGUCACAGGGUUUGCUCUUACACAUGCAAAUUAUGAGAAAGCUAUUUCUUUACUGCAAGACAGAUAUGGACAAUCGCAUGUAAUAAGACAGAAGGAUAUGCAAGCACUAGUUGAUAUACCAGCCCCUAAAUACACGAUAUCUAGCAUGAAAGACUACUACGAUGAAAUUGGGAUACACAUUAGAGGUUUGGAGUCAUUAGGUCAAAGUGAAGACACAUACGGAGCGUUUUUAGUGCCCAUCAUUAUGAACAAACUACCCGGUGAAAUCCGCAGAAAUCUUGCCAGACAAUAUAGAUCUACAGAUUUACAACUGAAUGAAUUACGUCGUGGAAUUUUCGAUGAACUUUAUAUUAUGGAUGCAGGCAAAACUUCAGAACAGUUACAACCCCCUACAGCUACCGCCGCCUUUCUGACAAAUACAAAUUAUAGUAAUCGAAAUAGAGGUAACAAGAAUACAAACUCAAGUAACACUAAACCCAAACCACUCUGUGCGUACUGUAAGGAGCCACACUCGUCUGUUAAUUGCACUAAAGUAUCUGAUUACAAUGGCCGGAUGUCAAUCGUGAAAAAAGAUCGUUUAUGCUUUAACUGUCUAGGACACCAUAGCUUAUCCGCAUGUAAAUCUACAAAAACUUGCAACAAGUGUCACAAACGUCAUCACACCAGCAUUUGCAAAGACAAUGUUAAAAGAAAUGAAGACAACAAACCAACAGGGGAUAUAACCGUAGGCACAAUUCAACACAACGCGGAGGAAUCAGACACUAUUUUACACUCGCAAUCGACAGAUCGUGAACUUUUGAAGACAGCAAUUAACCCAGUAAGUGUAGAACAUGAAAUACUUGAUGCAAAAAUAUUGUUUGACGAAGGCGCACAGCGCUCAUUUAUCACAGAGGAAUUAGCCGAGAAAUUGAAACUCAAACCUACUGGAACUUAA